UUGUACACUUCAUGCUUGUUAUGCCUAAAGGAUUCCAGCCAAGGCUGUUCUCUGGCAGCCUGAAAGCUUAGAGGGAGGGAAGCCUGUACAGGGCUGGGGGAAAAAAAAAAAACGGAGAGGAUGUGUCAAUCCUAGAAGACGGGUGUUAGAGAGCUCUCAGGAAGACCUGUGCUUGCAGGGCUCAAACAGAGAAGACAGACAGAGCGAUGGCAUUUUGCAGAAAGUCGUCAAAUGUGAAGGAGGAGGCAGUGUUCCUGAGAAAGAAGAUCACCCUGACGCGGGCCAUCGCACUGACUAUCGGCACAGUCGUUGGCAGUGGCAUCUUUAUCGCUCCAAAAGCGGUGUUGAAAAACUCCGGCAAUGUGGGUCUCUCCUUGGUUGUCUGGCUGGCUUGCGGGAUUCUCUCUCUGUUUGGCGCUCUAUCUUAUGCAGACCUGGGAACAAGCAUCACAAAAUCUGGAGGCCAUUAUAUCUACCUCCUAGAAACCCUUGGGCCUUUGCCAGCCUUCUUAAGAUUGUGGGCUGAAUUUGUUAUGAUCCGUCCUGCCAACAUUGCCGUGGUGUCCUUGGCUUUUGGUCGUUACUUAAUUGAGCCUCUCUUCGCCCCUUGCCAUGCCCCUGCCUUGGCUGUGAAGCUGGUUACCACCACUGGCAUCUCCUUAAUCAUUGCUCUGAACUGCUGGAGUGUCAGCUGGUCUGCAAAUAUACAGACAGUUCUCGCAGUCCUCAAGAUGGUCACCAUUGGCCUGAUUAUUGUCCCUGGGAUGAUGGUGCUAGCUGAAGGUCACUAUGAGAAUUUCCAGAAUGCUUUUGACUCUAGCUCGCUGGCUCUGGACAAGCUGCCUCUGGCUUUUUACUCUGGAAUGUUUGCAUAUGGAGGAUGGUUCUAUGUCAACUUUGUAACUGAGGAAAUCAUAAACCCUGAAAGGAAUAUCCCGCUGAGCGUGAUCGUGUCCUUGCUCAUUGUUACUCUAGGGUACCUCCUCACUAAUGUCUCCUACUACGCAGUCCUGACAGCAGAGGAAGUGCUGGCCUCUGAGGCUGUGGCUGUGAGCUUUGUAGAUCGAGCUUUUAAGAGCAUUUCCUCAGCAAUUCCAAUCCUAGUUGCUCUGUCCUGCUUUGGUUCUCUGAAUGGAGGAAUCUUUGCAGCUGCAAGGAUGUUGUUUGCAGCUUCCCGGGAAGGACAGUGGCCUCCACUCUUCUCCAUGAUCCACAGCCGAAGAAACACCCCCUUCCCAGCCCUUUUAUUAAUGUUGCCUGUGAUCUUCUUGAUGGUGUUGAUUGGCGAUCUCUAUGGCCUAUUGAACUUCUAUAGCUUUUCACGCUGGCUCUUCAUAGGACUGGUGACCCUGGGGCUCAUGAUACAUCGUUAUCGGCAUCCUGAGAUACCAAGGCCCUUCAAGGUGCCUCUGUUCAUCCCAUUGGUUUUCACAAUAACAUGUCUCUUCAUUGUGGGAAUGUCCCUUUAUUCAGACCCUGUGAACACAGGCAUUGGCUGUGCCAUAACUCUGACUGGUCUGCCUGUCUACUAUCUGGUGGUCCAGAAAUCAAGAAUACCAGCCAGCUGCAGUGCAAUGUUCAAUUCCAUGACGGUGAAGCUACAGGUCCUGAUGGAAGUCAUCCCACAGGAAAUCCAGACCUACUGAAGGUCUCUUUGUGUUAAGUCUGGGCACUGAUGCAAAAGGCCCAUUCUUGGCGGCAGCUGGUAAAGAAUCCAAGCAAAGGGAUCCACAAGACCUUUAAAAAGGUCAGACCAUAAAUGGGGAACAAGGCUAUUUUAAUGUUAACAUUACCGUGGUCACCUUCAUGAAUCCUUACAUAAUGCUGGUUUGUUCAGAUGCUCGCAUAUAAAAAUGUUUCUUUUUAGAGAGUCAGACUACUUCAGUGAUGUUACACAAUCCACUUCUCCCAACACCAAUAAUUCACUACUGUGGGGGUGAAUCUGAAAUCAAACUGGAUCAUGACAUUUUCCAAUAAAUGGAGCAAAGGACAAAGCUAACUUCAAGGCAUAUCAUCGUACGAAGUAACAACAGGGAAAAGGAAUAAGAAAAUAUGAUAGUUUAGAGAGAAGAAAUUGUUUUCCAAAACUCAAAGUAUGCCUAAGCAACUUUCACAUUGAAGCUGCCCAGCAUAGACUGAGCAGAGAGUGUCCCUAGAGUCUUUCAGCAUAUGGAGGGACACAUCAGUCUUCUCAUCGAACAAUGUGGUUCAACACAGCCACAAUGUGGGAGAUCACUCUCCUAUCAAUAAACUUCUGAACUUCACAACCAAGAAAAAGAGGAUUGAUAAAAUUAUUGUGCAGGGGGUCACUACUAGCCCUAGCCCUUAGGCACUAGGUUUAUUCUCAAACAGUAAAAGGAUUCUUUAAAGGUGAUGCUGGAAAUGAUAGUGGCAGCAGAACUGUUGUAUUUAGCAACUAGAAUUUUUCCUUCUAUUUUAAAGAAAAUGGAAAUUGAAAGAAGGGGAAAGACGAGGGUGGAGGGUAAGGAUAUGCUGAAUGUAUUAUUUUGAUACUUCUGUCUGAGAGCAAUUUGAGUUUUGGAAAAAACUAUGGUUAGGGUUUCUCACUCCAGAGUCUGGCAAUGCUGCAGAGGGGCUGCUCGCAGCUUCAGAGAGAAUGUUAUCCUUCCAGCCACUUUGAGCAACUGCACAAACUACAGGGAAUCCUCCCAGUAGGCACUAUAAACAUGUAUUCUGCAUAUGCAAUACACGUGGAUAUUUGUCAAGAAUGCUACUGAAAAUUAAAUUUUUAAAUGAAAACCCACAAAACAAAAAUAGUCCUCUCGGCAGCCACUUCAUUACUGAAAAAUGCCAUUUCUAAUCAGGGCAGCUGAGAGACCCACUGGCGCAUCAUAAAUCACUUCCCAUUGUGCUUAAAUAUUGUGGAUUUAACUUUUUAAAGGUGAAUUUCAUAUGGGUAAAAAAGUUGGGUUAAUAGUGUUGAAGCUUGACAUUAAUGUACCUUUUCUGUGGCUAAAUAAAAUAGAUACACUGCAUUUCUCCACAAUGUCCCACUAGUGCCUCAAUCCUGAGCUGGAGAAACAGUGGCUGGGAUAGAUAAUUCAGAUUGAUGUCACAUUUAAUGCUUAAUCUCCCUGCUAAGACUGGAAACUUUAGUGUCACUUGUGGCACUCGUUUUAUGGUGUGCACAUCUGUCUAUUAGCAUUUGGAGUGUGAUCAACUCCUUUCACAGCCAUGAGACAGAUAGUAACCUGAUCCCCACCGACACAGGCUAAAUGUGAACCGACAAUCUAGAAGCAAAAGGCUACCUAUUAUACAUCUGAGCCAGCGGUUCUCAAAAACUGUGGGUCGGGACCCCAAAAUGGGUCGCAACCCCAUUUUAAUGGGGUCGCCAGGGCUGGCUUAGACUUGCUGGGGCUUGGGGCUAAAGCCUGAGCCCCACCACCUGAGACUGAAGCCAAAGCCUGAGGUAUUCAGCCCUGGGCAGCGAGGCUCUUACAGAAGGGAGCAGGGCUGCCCAGAGGAUUCAGGGGGCCUGGGGUCUUCGGCGGCGGGGGUCCUUCCGCUCCGGGUCUUCGUGGCACUUCGCCGAAGACAUGGAGCACAAGGACCCCAGCGGCCGAAGACCUGGAGCAGAAGAAGCAGCGGCGAGCCUUCGGCAGCAGGUCCUUCACUCCGGGUGUGUUUGGCGGCACUGAAGGACCUGCUGCCGAAGUGCUGCCAAAAACACUCCUGGGGGCCCGGGGCAAAUUGCCCCACUUGCCCCCUCCCAUCUGGGUGGCCCUGGAAGGGGGUCAUGGUGAAGUUUGAGAACCCCUGAUCUGAGCCAUCCAAGUGCCUCCUAACACCACUUUUUAAAACAUUCAGUUUAAACAGUGAAAAAUGUUCUUCUGACUGCUUCCCACUCUGAGGAUUCAAAACCCUCUAAUGCAGAAGCAUUUUAUCCACAUAGAAAAGGCACUAUAUUCUCAUAAAUAAAAUAAUUGUCACAUGAUGGAAUCUAAGCAUGUAAUUCCCCAUAGAAUUAAUUAAUUACUAUACUGGAUCAGUCCCAUGGGCCAUCCAGUCCAGUAUCCUGUCUGACAGUGGCCAACACCAGAUGCUUCAGAAGGUGGAAGAAACCUCCCAAUACCUACUAAUUAUAGGGUUGGCUUAAGAGUGAAGCAUGAAGAUUAAUAUCUCUUCCAAAGUGUAUAUUAGCAUUAACUAAUUAGGAGUUUGUUCACACUCCUCCCCUCCCCAUCACAGGAAACUGUAUUAGGAGGUCUCAGUUUUGCUGACUUCUUCAUAAAAGUGUGUCUUGCAAUUUCACAAGUUACCACCAGGGUAUAUACUCGGAUCACAAAUAUUUCUUUCAGGUGUACUACAGUUUAAAUCUCUGUGCAUGGGUGGAACUAUCACUCCCAAUAAUUGCACAAAGUUAAACUAGGGAACUAUUAUUUCUCAUUAAAAAUGAUCUUCGGGGAGGAGUAAGAGAUAGUAUGAUCCCUUUGUGGUAGAUUCAAAGGGAUCACGAACAAACACCAUGUACUGUAUUUUUAGUUACCUUGGGUGUUCCGAUGAAGGUUAUUUUCCAAAACCGUACAGCACAUAUAGCAGGAGCACUGAGAAGUACAGAUAAUUAGAGCUAUUAAUCCAAAUGCAAUUCUUUACAAGUUUGCAGCUCUUGUUCUAAAGUCUCGGUAUAAGAUGGCUUCAGGAAGUCAGACUUCAGGUAGUAAAGACAAAGCACAAUGGCUCAUGAACCUGCCUUCAGAUGUAACAGAGACAAGGUGGGUGAGCUUACAGAGAGCUCUUCUUCAGGUAAGAAAGCUUGUCUCUCUUGCCAACAGAAAUAGGUCUAAUAAAUUGUAUUCCCCACCCAGCUUGUCUCACUAAUAUCCUGUGACUGACAUGGCUACAACACUGAAUGCUUCAGAUGGAACAGUAAGAAUUCUGACUUUUGAGACUUUGGUCCUUAAUCUUCUUAGCAACUACCAGUAGAGGAGAAUAAAUUAUCAGUGCUUUCUCCCACAUAUAAACCAUCUGUCUGUUUAUAUUUUAAUUUCUAAUUAGUUUGGUGUGUUAAAUGCAUUAAUUUCCACAGCAAUCUUAAAAGGAAUAAAAAUGGUAUACUAGCAUUUCCAUUCCAGUCCUAAUUAACUUUUGUUCUGGGAGUGUUCAUGCAUUAUUUACCAGAGUAAAAGCUUAAAUUUCAACGCCUCCCAGAGGGAAGAGUACUUCUACAGGAAUGAAUAUUCAGCAUAGCAUAUUCCAACAUACCCAUCCUUGUGACUUUAUGUCCAGUAGCACUAACAAACACUAGCAAAAAAGGUGCGUGUUUAACAUCCUAUUAACUAACAUGUUCAAUUCCCUGUGUAGACAAGCAAUUAUAACUUUAAAAUGCUACCAGGACAAGGUAAACCUCAUGGAGGAGCUUAGGUUUAUCUCCAGUAGUGAAGACAAGGCCAAUGUGCUAAAGGAAGCACAAUGGAUGGCUCAAGCCUUCAAAAGUAUUAACCACGAGAACUACCCUAACCUCUCUUAACAGAAGAGGUUAUCUUGUGAGUUAUUAAACUGAAAACUCAGAUGUUUGCCCCAUUUGGUAUAAUGUUAGAGUCUAUCUAGUAGAAUUUCACCUGUCUGGUAAAAAGAGAAAGUAUUUUCCCCCCAAAAACCCUUCAGUGUUAAAGGGAAUAAGAAAAUGCUGUAGUAAAGGUGCAAAAGUCCAUCCAGUGAUGUUUCCAUUCAGUUAUUUAUUAAAUAUAUAAGUGUGGAUAUUUUAUUGUAAUAUCUACGCUUAGGGCACUUUUACAUGUAGUUCUUGUUCAAUCUGCAAUGGAGUGAGAUUGGUAAAAGGCAAAAAAUUAAUUAUAGUAAAAGGCACAAGGGGGGAAGAAAGAGCAUAUGAUCUCUCCUUAAAAGCCACCGCCACCUCCGAAAGCAAUAGAUUAGCACUCCAAGCAAGCUUCUAUAUGGCUAUGCAGCUUCCUACGCAUAACCUGGUGAGAAUGCCACUGCCAUUGCCCGCAUCUCACUCCUGCUUUAUUUUAAAAUCAGAAUAUCAGUAUGAAAAGCCAUUUGGUGCAUGAGAAUGCAAUUAGCCUGUUUGGUGGGAACAUCUUGUCUUGCUGCAGCACUCCUGGACAGCUUAAGUGCUCUUAACACUUUCUGAAAUGUGAGCUUACUUGAUAGAUUAACAUCUUGAGAUUCCGUAGAAUUAUGUGGCUGCACAAUUUUAGAAGAGUUUUACUCGGUGAAGUUAAAAAAAACCUAUGGAAGGCACAUGAAGCACAUACUUGGCAAAGUUAAUUUGACGUUUUUAAUAUUUGAUGUUUCUGCCCCAUUUCCUUAAGAUCUCUUAUCUCAGAGCCUUCCCUUAAAAAAACCCUUCAUAUUUGAAGUGCAGAAGAAAAUUUCUGCUCAGAAAAAUAAUGAUGGCUGCAUGUUUUAAACAUGUGGCCAAAGAGCUUGAUCAUUUACCUUUGGACCAUUUCUAUCUUAUACUGAAGCUCUUUGAGGGCAGUGACUGUCUUCUUUGUUUUUGUACACUACCUAGUAAGUUGGGGUCCUAGUCCAUGGCUAAAGACUCCAGUAAGCUGAGAGCCAGCCUGAGAAGUAAGUGGCUUGGCUAGCUAGACAGGAUACAAAAAACACAACUUUUGCCAUCCUGUUCUUCUGAACCCACUGACACAUCAUCUAAGAUUUUUAUACUGUGGCGUGGGCAUCACUGUGGUAUUGAAGCACACCACUUCCAUGGGAUAGAUGGAGUGUUUCCCCCAUGCAAGUGUCUGAAGCAGUUCAGCAGCACACAGCACUCUCUCUGUAGAGAAAAAGAAAGAGAAAGCAUUACACUAACUCUAAACGCAGUGUGGCAGUGAUUCUUCCUCCAAGUGGUGUGGUGACGCAUGAAUACAAACUGGGGACCAAUGAUGAUUGUGAAAUGAAACAUGAUGCAGUUGCAAAUGGAAUGGACAGAAAAGCAGGCAAGGAUAAAAGGAAAAUGAGACAAUGUUAAGGAAGGAAGGAAGGUGUGUGAGUGCGAGAGAAACCCAUUCUAACAGAAACAGUACCUCCUCAGUCACAGACAGGAAGAGCUGCUCCCAGUAAAGCCAGAGGCAUCAGGAGCAUAAGGCAAACUUGACCAAAAAGUAAAAAUAUGAAAAAAAAGAAGCAAGAAGAAAAAGAAAAAAAUAAUUUCUUUCGGCAUUAAAAUGCUUCCAAAUUGGUUCAACUUCUUGAAGUUUCCUAAGUGAUGGACCACUGGAAGUCUCAACCAUUUCUUUUUACACUUAGGUGUCAAAAAAGACUGUAUACAUCCUCGCAAAAUGCAUUCAGCUCCCAGAGAACGUUCUGAUAGAAAGCAAACUUACACUUUAAAAUAGUAAGAAAAUGUACUGCACUCCCCACAUCUUCAUCAAAAUCCAGAGUCAAAUAACAGGCACAAAAAUCAGACCUAGAAACAGAAUUAAGCAUUUUUCCUCAUAAGACAUUUUUUACAACUUUCUGUAUUUACACUUUUAAGCAAGUGAACAAAAACCUGUAGAAAUUAAACACUAUAGAUUGCUAAAAUCAAAACAUAAGUAUUACAACUUUUUAAUUUCAAUAUUUUAAAGUACAGAAACUGGAAACUAUGAAUAUCAAAUACAAAUUUAAACAAGCCACUUGUCCUCCCCUAGAAUAACCAAUGUGAGCUACUUAUAGAAACUUACAAAUUUGAAAUAAAAUUGAAACAAAAAUAAAUACUGUACAUACAUUUUCCCUGCCUGCAGGCAAAAGAGGAUGGGAAAUACUGUUAUGAAUUGAAAAAAAAAUGCUCUUUAAAGCUGCAGCAUCCCCUUUCCCAGCCAAAUACUCAACACUGUAGUGCGUUUCUGUAAAAAGACACACCCACACACACACAUCCAACGCAUGCACACGGAGACCCCUAUUCAGGCAGACAAGCCAGUAUUUUCCACAGAUGUUCAAAAAAGGAUAGAAAUUAGACAGAGUAGAAAAGGGAGAGGGAAAGACAAAUGGGUCAGCAAAACAUUACUACAAAACUAGUAAAUAUAGCCAAGAACUAUCUCCUCUUUCAAAUUUAAUGGAUUUUAAAAAGAGAAAUAACUGCCAAAGCACUGACAAAAUCAGACAUAUCCCAGCAGAAGUGAUAAUUCAUAUUAAUAUAAUCUGUUAAAGUGAUCCCUUUCACUCCCGUCCCACAGCAUGAAACUGUUAUGGCUUAAUUUUUAUUAAAAGUAGAAAAAAGUCCUUUUCCAAAAGGAAAUGCAGCUUCUGAAGAAGCAUGUGCAUUUCCUAAUCAGUGCUAUUCAUAUUUCCCACCCCCUGCAUGAUUCACCACUUGUUUUGCAACCAGAAAUAGUUUUUUUGUUUUUGUUUUUUUUAAAUGGAUGUUGCAGCUUUUUAAUCCAGUUUAACCACAAACAGUAAGGCCUUGGUUUCAUUUAUAUUUCUUCCGCAGAAUAAAGUGGCUCUAGGUUUGCUUAGUCCCAGGGCCAUGGACAACCCUGGUCUGGAAGAGCUUUAAAAAGACACUAAGAUUUUUGGUGGCAUGGAGGCUAGAGGGGACCACUAGCUAUGGUUUGGUUCUAGCCUCAGCCCUGCUCAGUCCCCACAAUUACCAACCAAGGGUCAGCCAGAUAAUGACUCAGCCCUGGGUUAAAUUCCUGCAAAGAUUUCAAAAUUUAGGACUUCGUGCCCUGGUGAAUGAAAGCAGCCUAUGCCAUAUAAAAAAACUUGGGAAAGCUGAAGCUUUUUAAAGGAUGGCCAUGACACUGUGCUCUUAUCUCUAUUAAAAUUAACACAGGUACUUCAGCUUAAAAAUGUGGUCAGAAAGCAACAAUUCUUCAUUCUUAACAUCAAACCCUUUUGAAAUGAUUUCUUCAAGAAUUAUUUCAUGUAGAAUAUUAUAGGUUGCAUAGGUUAUCUACCUCAGAGGUCAUUAAGGGCUACCUUGUAGCCAAGCUUUAUUAGCAAGUAUAGUACAGGAAGAAAGGGGAAAGUUGCUGGAAGAGUCCUUGAUAUAAUUUCUAGGUGGUCUUUCCAUUUUCACAUAUUUCUUUUUAAAAAUUAUAAGAACUUGAGUACUUGGAGAAGAGCAAACCCCAAAGUGUUCCAUUUCAUAUCAUUUUUCCUUCUAGCAACAGAAAGUUUAAAAAAUAAGUAUAAUAAUUUUAUCUUGAAGUCCAAAUUCUUCAUUUUUUUUUCCUUUAAAUAUCCUCCUUGAAAAUGAGUUCCCAUAGGAGGACUCAGUGCUCCUAUCCAUCUACCCCCCAUCCCAAAAGUGAAAUGUGAGAAAAGACAGGUUAUUUUCUCUCCACCUCUCCACCUUUCUCUCAGCACCAGGUUCAGUCCAUCUACAAAAAGUUUGGUGCAACAGUGUUUUCUUCCAAGAAUAUAAUAAAAACAUCCCAACAUACAAAUACAUGAAUAAGUGAGGUCAACACAUCCUCUUCAUCAAGCUACCAGAAGGAGACUCAUUUGUUAUCAAUCAAGACAAUUUCUUUUAAACUGAUUGACCGAGGUUACCUCUCACCCCAAAUAAAGUUUUAGUCUCUUAAAGACUUCUGCUGGAAGCAUGGAAACACGGAGAAAAUGGAAAUGAACUUCUGCCUGUUGACAGCCUAUGAAAAGACAUUAGUACACUCACUACAAUGGAGAGCCACCUUGAAAAAGUGGGAGAGAAGGGAAGAAAGAAAACAAACUAGAAAUAACCAUUAAACAUAUAUGGGUCCAGCCAAGUACUUUUUCCACUAGUAAGAUAAUAGCUAUAUACUUUGCUAAUGAAGAGGCUUAGAAGGCAGACCUGCUGCAGACAAGUCCCAGGGAAAGCAGCAUUUUGUAUGUUCCAUAUUCCAAACCUCCUUAUUCAAGAUUCCAUUGUGGCAUAUUUCUGUUUCAGUAAAUAGUGUUCUCAGAAUCUACAU